UCGGCUCACCCUCCAUGGAGGCCAAGGCCCACAAGGUGGCAGCGGGUGGAGGAGCCGGCACCCCAGCAUCGGCGGCCGCGUCAACAGCAACUACCACGGCCACAUUCCAGCACAUCUUCGAGCAGCUGGUGCAGCAGAGCGGCGGCAGCCCCAAACUGGCGCCCAAGCAGCUCGAGCACCUUCGACACCUGCUGGGCAACGUGCGGGACGCCAAGAACCUGCAAUUUCUCGUCGAGAAGUUCAAGAACCUCGAGCAGUUCCACGAGCACUACGCCGGACAGCUGGCAUCCAACAACAACACUGUGAUCUCUGCGGAAGAUAGCAACGACUUGCUGAAGGACAAUGCAAGGAAAUUCGGGCCUGGCGGACAAACGCUGACACCACGCCACACAAUCGACGCCAUUCUGGGCCUGAAGAACCGCAAUGGCAAAGCGGAAGCGGACGGCGAUGGAGACAUGGAUCCCGCAAUGGGCGAUGAGGAUGCCACCGAUCUGCGCUGCGGUAUGACGCUGACGCAGCUGCGAAAUAUGGAUCAGCACAUGGCAAGCAUGCUGCAGCAGCACGCCAAGAACGGAGGAGUCUUACCCUACGGCACACCAACUCCUCCCGGUGGCGGCCAGCAGCAGCAGCCGCACCAUGGCGGGCAGAUGCCAGGCCCGCCGCCCCAGCCACAGCCACAUCCACAUCCACAGGCUGGCCACCACCACCAGCCCCACCAUGCCCCGUUCGGCUAUCAUAAUGCCUUCGGUUUCGGGCAGAGUCAUGGGUAUGGGCAGCAGGAGGACGCGGCUGGCAAUUACCUCAGCUCCAUGCACCAAAUGGUCGAGGCCAAUCAAUUGCAGACCGCUCCUCAGCCUCCGCCGGCGGCCCCACCGCCACCUCCGCCCAAUUCCUAUGGCAGCCACCAGCAGCAUUUGGCAGCACUGGCUGCGCAUGCGCAGGAGCAGCACCAGCACCAGCAGCAACAGCAGCAGCAUGGAAAGUAUGCCAAGUCAUCGCCCACGACAGCAACUGCGGCGGCGGCUCCUCCUGGAGGCUACUUUCUGGAUGACCAGACGGCGCCUGGAACUGCUGCUGCCGCGCAGUCGCAUACACAGAUGGCCAGAGGCGGCGACUACGACGAGCGUUCAAUGUCCUCCAGCAGCGAGAUGGAGGAGGACGAGGAUGAUGCGGCAAAGAUGCAGCUCGACGGUGACCAAGGCAACAUCGAUGUGACCACGCCGCCCACACCCGGCGACCGAGCCCUAGCCAGCAAGCGCAAGUACUGUGAUGAGAACGAGACGAAAUUAGCCAACGGCCAGCAGCAGCAGUCACAGUUGGCCAAUUACGCCAUCCGAGCUCGGAACCUGGACGAGGUGCAACAGCAGCAGCAACAGUCCCACCAGCAGCAGAAUUCGCAGCAGCAACAGCAGCAGAACUUUCAGCACGAGUACCGGAGCAGUGGCAACAAUGCAGCCGAACAUGGCGAUCGUCUGGCUGGGGACACUGAGAGCCUGGUCAACGGUAGCUGCGCCUCUAGUGAGGAUCUCAACCAGACCAACAGCAGCGAGCAGGGCGAGAAAAUCACAUCCGGCAGCGAUGAUGAGGGCCAGGACGACAACUGUGCCAAGAAAAAACACCGUCGGAACCGAACCACCUUCACCACCUACCAGCUGCACGAGCUGGAGCGGGCCUUCGAGAAGUCGCACUACCCCGAUGUCUACUCGCGCGAGGAGCUGGCCAUGAAGGUGAACCUGCCCGAAGUGCGUGUCCAGGUCUGGUUCCAGAAUCGUCGGGCCAAGUGGCGUCGCCAGGAGAAGUCGGAAAGCCUGCGUCUGGGCCUGACGCACUUCACCCAGCUGCCUCAUCGCCUUGGCUGUGGAGCCUCCGGUCUGCCAGUGGAUCCCUGGCUGUCGCCGCCGCUGCUGAGUGCCCUGCCAGGCUUUCUAUCGCACCCGCAGACGGUGUACCCCAGCUAUCUGACCCCACCGCUGAGUUUGGCGCCCACAAACCUUACGAUGAGCAGCCUGGCGGCAAUGGGACACCAUCACGGUCAUAAUGGACCACCGCCACCACCACCCGGCCACGGACACGUACUCGGACACGGGAGUCUGGGACACGGGCAUGGGCAUGGACAUGGCCAUGGGCAUGGCCAUAACCAGCCCCAGCCACCCCCGCCGCCGGGUCCACCCCAUCCCCAUGGAGGCCAUCAUGUGGUGCCGCUGUCCCAUCUCUCGCCGCACCUGUCACGCAUGUCACCGCACGCCACAUCGCUGGGCUCACCCCACCACGGAGUGACGUCCGCCGGCCUCACCCCCCUCACAACCCUCCACAGCAGCCUGCCAUCCACCACGACGACCGCAGUCUCGUCCUCGUCCUCCUCUUCCGCCUCUCUGGAGUGCAGCGGACCGGAUGUCUGCAUGUCGCCGCAGAACUUGAGCCUCUGCAACGCCGACUCCAACGGGGAGGCGCGGGACAGCAGCGACCUGGAAGCCGGCAGCAGCAGCAGCAACCACGGCAGCGGCCUGGACAAGUGCGCGACCAAUGCCAGCAUCGAGCUGCUCGACGUGGGCCGGGAGAGUCCGCCACCACCUCCGCAAGCAUCGGUGAAGCACUCCUCGUCUCCGCCGGCGGACAUGCGGAGCAAUUCGAUAGCCACGCUGCGCAUCAAGGCCAAGGAGCAUCUAGACCAGCUCAACAAAGGCCUUGUGUCCAUGGUCUAGCCACAGAAGGUUCCUAGCAUCCGCUUUGCGUCACCAUCACCUGCACAGCAAUUCCAUUCCUCCCUUAAUCUUAGUUCUUCUUAGUUCAGCUCCAAUCAAAAUCCUCUCAA